AUGAGUAUCGAACUCGGGCACCGAAUAAGGGGUCCGAAAGGGUCGAACGCUAUUGGUGAAAGGGGUCCGUAUGUACUGCAAUCGUCCUACCCCCGCCUCUUCUUAGGUACCCAGGGGCCUGGGCAGGGCAUUGCUAUAAAAGCAUACUGCGUUGCCCCUCGGAAACGUAGUAUUUUCCCGUGUACCGCACAAGAAAAACCGUCCACCACCAUGAAACUGCUCAUCGUUCUUUCCGCCGUAGUGGUAGCUGUUAGUGCUUACCCCGGACAUCCAUGGGCCGCACCGGUCCAUGCUCCAGCCGUUCACCACGUGAUCAACGUACCUCAACCGGCACCUGUUCCUCCAGUUCAUCCUCAGCCCCUAAACAUCAAGGUACCCCAUACUCAAUCGGUUAGAAUACCAUACCAAGGAGUGCACGUACCGUCACCACAUUUGGUUGGAGUUGAACAUUAUGUUCCGGAACCCGAGGUCAAGGUUGUAGCUAAACCGGUGGCUCAUCACCCCUGGUAGACGAAGAUCUUUCGAAGCAUCCUACCUACGAAUCAGCUGGUCCAAGGUGGCCCAGACAGGCUCGACCCUUUCGAGGGAAUCUUAAAUAAUAUCUACCAUCGGAAGACAAGAUCAAUUCUUCUUCUACUUUCAAUCUCGAAACAGUAUUAUAAUCGUCUGAAGAAUAUCCCGAGGAUCAUAACUGGACAAGGUUUGGAUCAUGAAGGAUAAAACGACACCCUCAGGAUCGAGCUUAGUUUUUGGACCACCCAAGGACCAAGACCAGGCAAUCAUGCUUAAAAAAAUGUCCACUCUCGCAUAACAUACACGCAUUAGACACAUCUAUACAAACAUAUUAAAAAAAAAAAAAAACAUUUGAUCGACACUUAUACGUACAUACCACUAUCAACAGGCGCAGUAACCUUCCAAAUCUACGAAUUUUCCUUAAAUUUCAUUUCGAGAGAAGUCCAUUCUCUCCGGUCCCUAGUUUUUCUUUUUCUUUUGAAAACUUUCUUUAUCAGUAUCACGAAAUUUUUGCGCGGCAUGUGAUAUUGAAAAAGACGU